GCCGAAAUUUAGAGAGUAAUGGAAACAUGGCUGCGCCCUUGAUGCAGAGCAGAUGACUUGUAAAGAAAUCAAUGACAUCCGCUAUCUGAACUGUGUCAAGCAAGAUGGCCGCAAGAGCAAUCAUAUCUGUUGGUAGGCUGUGUAGCAAACUGAGACGAGUGUCCAUAGCAACCAGCUGUAAACAUGGACACGCAGCAUCCAUGUCAACCCACACAGCAGGUUUUCAUCCUCCAACUGGUCCAGGAUUGCCACCAGGAGUAUUUCUCGACGUAAAGGAACAUGCAGCAUCUGACUCGGGUACCAGGAGUGCUUUGAAUUCUGUGUCUCAGGGAUUAGACAUCGAGUAUAAAUGCCCAUCACUUCGUCUGGUAGAAGUGGCCAUUCUUGACAUUACCAACACAACCACUACUAGUUACGAUUGUCCAAAUUUAACAUCUAUCAUAGAAAAAGAAAUAAUUUUGCCAAGUUCUUCCUCAGCUGAUCAAAUUGAAAUGCCAACUUCAAAUACAAAUGAUGUAGCAAAACAAGCUAAAAAUAUCCUUAAGAUCAGGAAACGAAUGAGAAAGAAGCACAAGUUGAGAAAGUGGAGAAAAUUGCGAGAAUCAGAGAUUAGAAAAGAAUUAUUAUAUAAGUUGAAGAAACGAGAGGCAAGACGUGAGCAACACUUAGAAAGCGUUAGGAGUAAAGGCGAGGUGUUUGAUGCUAACACUUUUAUGGAGAAUAUAAUCCAACAAGCUCGGCGUGGUGGAUACAGGACAAAUCUAUUUGAGGAGAAAAAGGAAUUGUAGUAACUAGGUCUUCUGUAUGUGUGGGUUUAAAUUCCAAGACAUAAACAGUUUGAAUGAUUAAAGACAAGUAUAUAUGGAAUAACAAAUACAGUAAAAUCACUUUAUUUGUGUAAACACAUUAUUUAUCAAGCAAUAAGCCCAAGCCUGGUGAUAAGCCCACCUAUGUAUAUCUGUUGCAGCUCAAUAGAAAUGCCAAAAUUAUGCUUUUUCAUUGUCCUGUAAUAAGAUGUUUUCCUACUUUGAGUCAAGAUAUUAUGUGUGACCCCCUAGGCUUAUUGCAGGAUGAAUAAAAUCUUAUUUACAUAAUUUGUGAGGUUUUGGAUAUGCAAAAUGAAUAACCACUUGGUUUCUUGUUGAAUUGUGUCUAAAUGAUGAUCUGAACAAUGUUUGAAUUUUGUGAUAAUUUUUCGUUGAAAAUUAAUGCGAAAAUAUCUUCAUAACGAAUUACAAGUAACAGUAUUGCCAUUGGUUAAGAAUUUAUUGUAAGUUUGCUGCACAUCUUUGUAUAACUCAUGAGGUUACAAACUUUCAUAUAUAUGGUGGCUGAAUGGUUAAAUUAUAGAAAUUUGGUCUAUCCAGUCAUUGAUAGAUAUAAAUGUAUCCCCCCACAGAGUACAUGAUAUGCAUAGUUGCCAAGAUUGAAAGUUGUAUUCUUGUGUAAUAGUUUGUAGGAAAUUGAAACGUCAUCUUUGUAAAUCAGAAGAAAAAAUUAUGAAAGUUGUGCAUUAAAUGUAUAUUGUGCACAUGUUGUUUCCUUGUAUGAAGUAAAGAAGUGGGCUGGA